CCGUGACUCGACUCCCAUCCACACCCUCCUCCUCCCUCCUCUCCCCCACCCCUCCUUCCUCUCCCACCCUUUAAUAGGCUACGUUAUUCAAGUUCGCCAAGAAGUCGGACAGAGCUCGCGGACCCCGGCGCACGCUCGCGACCAUGUAAUCCGCCCCUGCGCGCAACAGCAGCACCACCAGCAGCAGCAGCACACGCGAGGAGAGCCGCGCGCGCGCCGGAAAAGAAAACCCCUGGAAUAUUAGUGGAUUUGCGCGCGCUGUUUGCUAACUUAAUUUUGCAGAUUAAUCAUGCACGCUUUUCUCUGGGGUCUGGGCUUGUUCAUCCUACUCCCCGACUGUGUGAAUGUAGCAGCUUGGACCCGGAGAGCACCGGCACGCUCGAGAAAAGCCAGAUCACUGGAGCACACCGGAGCGCACGAGAUCGUGACGCCCGUCAGAGUGACCGAGGCCGGGGACGCGUUGCCCCAGAGCGCGCACUUCAAACGCAGGAAGCGGAGCGCCGAUAACUACACGGCACCGGAACACUGGGAAUCCGAGCACGUGCAUUACAGACUCUCCGCCUUCGGUCGGGACUAUCACCUGAACCUGACGCUCGAGGCGGGAUUUAUUGCGCCGCUUUAUACCGUAACCGUCCUUGGCACGAGGAACCGAACGCACGAGGAGGAAGAGGAGGAGGAGGAGGAAACGGUGUACAGGCACUGUUUUUAUAAAGGACACGUGAACGGAGAAACGCAGCACGCAGCCGUCAUCAGCCUCUGUUCCGGCCUGCUUGGCACUUUCAGGUCAUCAGAAGGGGAAUACUUUGUGGAGCCUCUUCACAGCUACAAUGGUGAGCAUUAUGAAGAAGAACACAUCAAACCUCAUAUCGUGUACAGAAAAGAUGCACACGAGAGGGCCAAAGAAGAUGCAUCGUCAUGUGAUACUGCAGGUCAUAAGGCGGCUGCUGAGAAAAACAUGGUAUCUGGAAGCAUGUUUUCUGACCUGGAGAGUCUCAGCGCAGGGAUUCUCUCGGGCUCUUUACCCUCGACAGAAGACAAGCAGCCAUCAGCUAACGACAGCAGCAGUGACUCAGGACCUCACCGGAGAGCAAAGCGCUUCCUUUCCUACCCACGCUUCUUGGAAGUCAUGGUCGUUGCUGACUACAAGAUGGUGGAACAGCACAGGAGCAACCUCCAGCACUACGUUCUAACGCUAAUGUCUAUUGUUUCCUCAAUCUAUAAGGAUCCCAGCAUUGGCAAUCUGAUCAACAUUGUCGUUGUGAAGCUAGUCAUAAUAAACAAUGAGCUGAAGGGUCCAGUUAUCUCUUUCAAUGCACAAGCCACUUUAAAGAACUUCUGUGUCUGGCAGCUGGCUCAGAACAACCUCGACGACGAACACCAUGACCACUAUGACACGGCUAUCCUCAUCACCAGGCAGGACAUCUGUCGAGCAAAAGACAAGUGUGACACUUUAGGUCUUGCAGAGUUAGGCACAGUGUGUGAUCCAUACAGGAGCUGCAGCAUCAGCGAAGAUAGCGGCCUCAGUACUGCUUUCACUAUCGCUCAUGAACUCGGCCAUGUGUUCAACAUGCCCCAUGAUGACAGUAACAAGUGUAAAGAGGACGGUGUUAAGAUUCAGCAGCACGUGAUGGCCCCCACACUCAACUAUUUCACCAACCCCUGGAUGUGGUCCAAAUGCAGCAGAAAAUACAUCACAGAGUUCCUCGACACAGGGUAUGGAGAGUGUUUGCUUGACGAGCCCGUGUCCAGGCCAUACCCCCUGCCCCAGCAGCUCCCCGGGCGCACAUACAGCGUCAAUCAGCAAUGCGAACUCAUAUUUGGACCUGGGACACAGGUCUGCCCCUAUAUGAUGCAGUGCCGACGGCUUUGGUGCACGAGUCCAGAAGGAGCUCAGCGUGGCUGUCGAACCCAGCACAUGCCCUGGGCUGACGGCACUGACUGUGGCCAAGGAAAGCACUGUAAACAUGGUGUGUGCAUCACGAAGGAGCAUGACUUGGGGCCGGUGGAUGGAGAGUGGGGCGUGUGGAGUCCCUUCGGUUCCUGCUCACGUACAUGUGGAGGGGGUAUCAAGAUCGCCACCCGGGACUGCAACAGACCUGUACCUAGGAAUGGGGGACAGUACUGUGUGGGGCGCAGGAUGAAGUUUCGCUCCUGCAACUCUGAGCCAUGUUCUAAACAGAGAAGAGAUUUCAGAGAGGAGCAAUGCGCUGCUUUCGAUGGCCGCCAUUUUAACAUCAACGGUCUACCUCCAAAUGUGCGCUGGGUGCCCAAGUAUAGCGGAAUUUUAAUGAAGGACCGCUGCAAGCUCUUCUGCAGAGUGGCAGGAAACACAGCCUACUAUCAGCUCAAGGAUCGAGUCAUCGACGGCACGCCGUGUGGUCCCGAUACCAACGACAUCUGUGUGCAAGGCCUGUGCAGGCAAGCAGGUUGUGACCAUAUUUUAAACUCCAAGGCCAGGAGAGAUAAAUGUGGAGUGUGUGGGGGAGACAACUCAUCCUGUAAGACAGUGGCAGGGACAUUAAAUACAGUGCACUACGGUUACAACUUUGUUGUUCGAAUCCCCAGCGGUGCUACAAACAUAGACGUGCGACAGCACAGCUACUCAGAAAAACCAGAAGAUGAUAACUACCUCGCCGUGGCCAACAGUCGUGGAGAAUAUUUACUCAACGGAGAUUUUGUGGUCAGCAUGUUUAAAAGGGAAGUCAAAGUGGGGAGAGCCAUCCUAGAGUACAGCGGCUCCGAUCACAUCGUCGAGAGACUCAACUGCACUGACCGCAUCGAGGAGGAGAUCGUCAUCCAGGUUCUGUCUGUAGGUAACCUGUUCAAUCCAGACGUCAGGUAUUCCUAUAACAUUCCCAUUGAAGACACGACUCAGCAGUUUAUCUGGGACGCAUACGGCCCGUGGCAGGAGUGUAGCCGUCUGUGCCAAGGGGAGCGUAAGAGGAAAAUCCUGUGCAAUCGUGAGUCGGACCACAUGGUGGUUUCGGAUCAAAGGUGCCAUGGCUCACCUCGACCAACAGCCAUCACAGAACCCUGCAACACAGACUGUGAUCUCAGGUGGCACGUGGCCCGUAAGAGUGAGUGCACGGCUACAUGUGGACUGGGUUACCGCACGCUGGAAAUCUACUGCGCUAAAUACAACCGAAAUGACGGCAAAACCCAGCGAGUUGAUGACCGAAACUGCAGCCACCUGCACAAACCUAACGAUAAGGAGGUUUGCCGAGGCGACUGUAUCUCCGGCGUGUGGGAGUACUCGCCCUGGUCAGAGUGCUCGAAAAGCUGCGGAGGGGGAACACGCCGUCGGAACGCCAUUUGUAAGUCGCCUGACAACGACGAGGGUAAAUGCAACACAAGGGACAAACUCGUAGUCCAGCCCUGCAAUGAGUUCCAGUGUCCACAGUGGAGGACUGGCGAGUGGUCAGAGUGCCUGGUGACGUGCGGGAAAGGCUACAAACACCGUCAGACGUGGUGUCAGUUCGGAGACGAGCGGCUGGACGAGCGUUUCUGCACCUCAGCCAAACCGGAGUCGGUGCAGGCGUGUCAGCAGCAGGAAUGUGCGUCCUGGCAGUUCGGCUCCUGGGGCCCGUGCACCACCUCCUGUGGCCCCGGCUAUCAGAGAAGAGUGGUGAAGUGUGUCGUCAGCUCGUCCGGCUCGGUCAGGGAUGACACUGACUGUAACGCAGCGACACGCCCCACUGACACACAGGACUGUGAAGUCUCUCCAUGCCCCGUCACCCAUCCUGUUUCUCCAGACACCAAACUUCCUCAUCUGGGCCACAAAACCCAGUGGCGCUUUGGAUCAUGGACUCAGUGUAGCGCUACCUGCGGGAAGGGAAUACGCAUGCGCUAUGUCAGCUGUCGUGACACUCAGGGCGGCGUGGCGGAGGAUUCAUGGUGUGCUCAUCUCCCCAAACCUCCCGCUACAGACGCGUGCUCCGUGUUGGCCUGCGGUCAGUGGAAGGUGCUGGAAUGGACUCAGUGCUCUGUUUCCUGCGGUCUGGGUAAAGCUACUCGUCAGGUUCUCUGUGUGAACUUCAGCGAUCAGGUUGUGGACAUGAGUGAGUGUGACCCGGACGAUCGGCCGGUGACAGAGCAGGAGUGCGCCAUGCCUCAGUGCCCGUCUCGCCCCAGCGACCACGCCGCCUUCCCUCCUAACCAAGACGCCCGUAAAAAAGCCGCACCCACUGGCAGGGUGGAUCGAAUCCGAGGGGCGCGUCCACAAUCGCAGUGGAGGUUUGGACCGUGGGGAGCGUGCUCGAGCACGUGUGCCGGAGGAUUCCAGAGGCGGGCGGUGGUGUGCCAGGAUGAGAACGGUUACACGGCCAACAGCUGUGACGAGAGCAUUCGACCUGCAGAACAGCGCACCUGCGAGUCUGGACCGUGUCCACAGUGGGUGUACGGCGAAUGGGGCAAGUGUUCGAAGCCCUGUGGUGGGGGAAUAAAGACACGCCUCGUGGUUUGUCAGCGGCCGAAUGGCGAACGCUUUAGCGAUCAGAGCUGCGAGAUUCUGGACAAACCGCCUGACCGAGAGCAGUGCAACAUGCAGCCGUGCUCUCACUGGAGAGCCGACCCGUGGAGCUCGUGCUCCGCCUCCUGUGGGAAGGGCUUCAGACACCGCAACGUGACCUGCGUCAGCCGCUCCGGCCAGCCAAUGGCGGAAGAGAACUGCCUGCACCUGCCCCGCCCCCGGAAGGAGAAGUCCUGCAAAGGUGGGAAGUGCCCCAAGUGGACGACAAGCAUCUGGGGAGAGUGUAGUGUGACGUGUGGUUCUGGCCAGAGGAGUCGCUCUGUGGUGUGUGUGAAUCACAGCGGGGACGAGAUCCACCACUCACACUGUUCAGUACAGAAGAGACCAAACCACAGCGAGCCGUGUAACACUCAACCCUGCGAGUUCGUCUGGAUCACAGGGGAGUGGACGGAGUGUAGUGUGACGUGUGGUUCUGGCCAGAGGAGUCGCGCUGUGGUGUGUGUGAAUCACAGCGGGGACGAGAUCCACCACUCUCACUGUUCAGUACAGAAGAGACCAAACCACAGCGAGCCGUGUAACACUCAACCCUGCGAGUUCGUCUGGAUCACAGGGAACUGGGAGGAGUGCUCUGUCACCUGUGGUCAGGGCUACCAGAGGAGGCGGGUCUCCUGCAGCGAAGUGCAUUCUGGGAAUGAGAAUUAUGAAUACAGCCACCAGGGGUCAUCUAGCUGCCCGGGGACACCUCCUGAGAGCUACCAAGCGUGCAGACUACCUCCGUGCCCUUCAAGCCAUGUGUACAGCUGGAGAGUGGGCAUCUGGGGACCCUGUUCAUUUAGCUGUGCUGAUGGCUGGAUGGAGCGCAUGGUGCAGUGUUAUUCAGAAGAAGGGGAGCUCAGUGAUGAGUGUGACUCCAGCUCGAAGCCAGAGAGUAGGAGGUCCUGCACUAACCCAGACUGUGAAUUGCCGUUUAGUUGCAGGGAUGUGCAGAUGCAGAAUGGUGUUGUAUCUGAUGGAGAGCAGCUUCUCAGUGUACAGGGCAAAGCACGUAAUAUCUACUGUUCAGAGAUGCACACAGACAGUCCGAAAGAGUACAUCACUCUCAUGACCGGAGAGGGCGAAAAUUUCUCUGAGGUUUUUGCAUACAGGCUGAUGGAUCCCACGCAGUGUCCAUCAAAUCUGAUCCGCAGAGAGGACUGCCAGUGCCGGAGAGACUACACAGCUGCAGGCCUGUCCACUUUCAGCCGGGUCCGUCUGGACUUGAGCAAGAUGACCAUCAUCACCACAGACUGGAAGUAUUCGCAUACUCGAGAAGGUCAUAAGGUUCCUUUCGCCACUGCGGGAGACUGCUACAGCGCCGCCCGCUGCCCACAGGGCCGAUUCAGCCUCAACCUCUCAGGAACAGGCUUCCAGGUGGCUGGGAGUACCCAGUGGAUUUCCCAAGGGAACUACGCUGUGGCGGACAUCCACAAGUCCCAGGAUGGCAGUAGAGUGACAGGAAUGUGUGGUGGCUACUGUGGCAAAUGCACUCCGUCCUCCAGUUCAGGCCUUCUUAUCCAAGUUACAUGAGCCCCAACCUUCUUACAGGAUGUUCUCUUCUCCUGGGAUUCUUCUCUCGGUGUGGUGCUAAAGACAAUAAAGACAAUGAAGAAUGUCCCUCGUCCAUCCCCUGACUUUCUGCUGUCCAUGUGUAAAUAUCAGCUGGUGUAUGUAAUGUACAGAAUGUGUUGAAUUAUUUAUUAUAAUCCACAUUUAUUUUUAUACAAUUAUUUAAAAUGCUAACAAAGCCAUUCGUGAAUUGUUGCCUGUACAGUCAUAACAAAAGACGUAAUGUCCUUCAUCGAUGUACGUUUUAUAGUUUUGUCUAGCAUGUCAUGCUGAGUUUUGGGUCUUAUAAUAAGUGUUGCAUUUUUUCAUAAUUGAAAAAUGUCCUGAGUCAGGGUAGGUAGGACAUUAAAAAACCAGCAGCUAAAAAAUAACACUUGGGAAAAGUAUUUACAUCCUACAUUUUCAUGUUGGUGUCAUACAUACGACCUGUGGAUGUUUAAGGGGACUUGUUGAGUUCGUGGGUCCUGUAGAAAGGAAGUCAGAUUUUCCUAGCUCAGUUUAACCCGGCUUUAUGCUGUCGCAGACAAAAAUCAUAAAAGCGUUGAAAGUGGAGGUCAGCCGAUGACAGGAGGGGAGGGGUCAGAACCGGACCAUGCUGAUUGAUGAAGUAACCAGAUUGUAGUUUUCUUUAAUCACAGGUCUAUCGUUAGAGGAUCUUCAUCAUAUGAAGAACACAUUUUAUCAUACAGUCAGUUAUAGAAUUCAGCCAAGAUUUUUUUGGGAUCAUCUCGCAGGAUAUGUGACAUAAUAUUCUUAAAAGACCACUGAAAUCGCACAGUGUAAAACAGGCUUAAGUUAGUGGAGGCAAAAUAGAAACUCAGGGUGAUUCUAGAGAAUGAAGCAGGUAGGGGAAGUGGUCAUUGGCUCUGGUAAUAUAACCUUCAUCAGCAGGUGGACAAAGUUUAGCUGGAUGUAACAUUCCAGACAGCAUAGGCAAUCAGUGGACAAACAAGGCUCAGAAUGUACACAACUAGAGUUUGGCAAGACUUCGCAAUGACCGUGUAACGUCCUGGAUUCUGAACAGAAUAGCAGAAUAAAAAUGUUGACAGGAAUCUGAGAGCAAAAUCGGCCAUGCAGUCUGGUUGGGAGGGAUGGAAUUACUCUCUACUGUAAGUCAGAGUGACACUAACCAAUCGUGGGUUUCUGUGAGUUCGUGUAUGUGGAAUAGUGUAGACAGUGAAGGGGAGGGUAUAUUAAAGGAAUACUCCAGUGUGUCUCAUCCUGAUCUCUACUGACCACAUGUGUACUGAAUAUGUUAUUACUACAAACAAAAAAUUCAUUUCCCAGUACUGAGGAAAAAAAAUUCAAGAAUAUUACAAUUAAAAUGUUAACCAUAAAGGUUCAAGGAUAAGACAGAAAUGAAAAAAGUCUUCACAAACGUGUUCUUAUGGAGUUUUGUCCAACUUUCCAACACUGUGGUAAGCGAUUCGUUAAAAAGUAGUUCCGGUUACUUUCCAUUUUCUUCGAUUCUUUCCUCAGAUGAAGUAAUCCUAAUUCUGGAAGAUAUACAAAUUAUACAGAUUAGAUCUUACUUUUACAAAUUAAUCUGUCUCAAGAAUGAAUGGAUGUGUUCUAGAAAAAUAAGUGAAAAAUCUUAAAUAUUUGACAAAAUUAUGACUAAGUUUAAAGUAACCAGUUUUUCACAUCUUUUCUCAAUAUGUGUUGAAAUUUGUGUUUGUGGUAAUCAAGAACUGAACAUACACUACAGAUACAGUGAAUCGAGAUUAGGUUGAAAAACACUGCAGUAUUUCUUUAAUGGAGUUUGAUAACAAAAUGAAAUCUCUUCAGAUAGUGUGGAAGUGAGAAUGUACAGUAUAAAGGAGCCUUCAGCAUGUCGUCUAGAGUUUAUUAAUCGCACUGGGAUUUAAAAGCCUGAAGUACCGCUACAUGGCAGAAAGAUAGCUAUCGGGUCUAUCGAGAGCUCUGACAUGACAAAGGAGAAAAAAAGCAGCUUUGCAGUGAAGAUUUUUGAGUCUGAUUUUUUUUUUAAAGACAAUCCGUGAGAACUUUCUCCUUUGACAAGGAGAGGAAAUAUAACAUUUGGUGCUUAUGCUUUGGUGAAAUAUAACAUUAGUUGUUUCAGCUUUAUUUCAGGAGAUGUUUACUGCAGGUAAAGAUGAUGCUUACUUUUAGCCAUAACCAAAAGUUUUGGGAGUUUGAAAAUGAAGCCCACAAGAUGGAUGACAAUUGGUCAAUUAAUAAUUAUUAAGUAACUAAAAAAAGCACCAAAACAGAUAUAGAGAAUACAGAAAAAUAUAGAAAAAAAACAGAAAAUAUUUGGUGUUUGUUUGUUUGUUUUAUUUUUAUUUCUGAAUACCUCAAAAUUCUGCUCAUAUGUUUUAUGUACUUAUUUUGUAAUUAGAAUUUUUUUUUUAUGACUCUGCUCACAAAAAUAACAAAAUUACUAUUAAUUGUGAUCUUUUAUUGUUAUGUUCUAUCAUUUUCAGGGUACGUCUCAUUUUGCUUUUUCAUGUUCAUUUUCAUUUUGCCUACUGUUUUUUUUUAAAUUAUAAAUCCUUCAACAUUACUUUUUUUUAAGUUUUAUGGUUUCAGAGUAUUUCUCAGGCACGUAUUGGUUAUUCCACAAUGUUAAUUUUAUGAAUUUGUAUCCAUUUUUAGAGCCACUGGUAUUGUCCAUAUUCUUAGAAAAAAAAAGCCAUAUGUGUCUUAACCUAACAGACGGUGCUACUUACGUUAUAGUUUAUUCAAUUAUUAGAUUGUCAUUGAGGAUCUGGACUCUGAAGUCUUUCCUCAUGUUAGGUAAAUGUUCUUACUAAAAAAAGGGAGUUCACGUUUCAUAGCCAAGUCCAAGCAGUCCAUGGUUUGUAUAGUUUUAUAAAAUUAUGUCAUAAUUCAGAUUUCAUGCACCCGUGUUUGUGUCUGCAUUAUUAUAUUUACAGAUGUAAAUCGAUUUUUGUUUGUUUAAAAUAUAUACAUCUUGUGUAUAUACACGUCUUGUGCGUCUGACGAUUAAGCCAGAUUGAUAUGGAUUUGCAGUGUUACGAUUCUUGUACAGAUCACGUAAAGGGAAUCUUAAUGCAAUAAAACCACCCUUGAUUAAAAAUAAAAAAGAAAAGAAUCCGGAGUUUUCUUUCUUUACUCCAUCUCCAUCAAGCAAUGUUAACUAAAUUCUUCUGUGCGUGAGGCUUUUAUUUAAAAAAUAAUUUAAAAAAUAAUGUCAAUCCAUGAUCCAGAAUCAGAUCCAUUCCAUUUUGAAAUGGAUUUAAUUGGAA